UGUACAGAUCAUAUACGUACCUUUUGAAGUUUCCAGCGUUGCUUGAAGAAGAGAGAACAGAUGGAAGGAGAAGUGGUGUUGAAGAAGAAGCAAUCCAUUUUUGGCCAGGACAUACUCUUCUCUCUACAGUUAAUUAGCAGGAAUAAUCCAGACCCUGCGAACGGAUUGAAAGGGAAAGUUGGAAGGAUCAAAUAUUGUGCAGAUAGGAUUAACACACUUCAAUCCUGGUCAGCAGAAAAUUGUACAUUCAAACUUCAUUUUGAGUGGGAUGAUGAAGUAGGUAUUCCUGGAGCAUUUCAGAUUCAAAAUUUGCAUAACUGUGAGUUUUUCCUCGUACAUCUGACACUUAAAGAUGUACGAGGCCAUGGAGACAUCCAUUUUCCUUGCAACUCAUGGGUUUUCCCGACAAUCAAAGACCUCUCCCAUCGCAUUUUCUUUACAAAUGAGACAUAUCUUCCGAAUGAAACACCAAGCCCACUUGUCAAAUAUAGAGAAGAAGAGCUGUUAAACUUGAGAGGGAAUGGAACUCGAGAGCUCCAAAAAUGGGAUAGAGUCUAUGAUUAUGCUACUUACAAUGAUUUAGGGAAUCCAGAUAAGGGUGAAGAUCAUGCUCGUCCAGUUCUUGGAGGGAAUAGCACGUAUCCUUACCCUCGCAGAGGUAGAACAGGUCGACUCGCAACAAAUUCAGAUCGCAAUAGUGAGAGGAGGGUGAAGGGUUGGACCAAUAUCUAUGUUCCAAGAGAUGAAGAAUUCACUGAAUUGAAGACGAAGGACAUGACAGUUCUGAAAGCAAAAUUGGCAUCCAAUGUCAUCCAACCUAAAUUAUUAGAAUGUGAAGAAGAAUUUGAAAGCUUGGAAGAUGUUCUUAAACUCUAUACAGGUGGAUAUAAGAUCCCAAAACCAUUUAAGAAAGCAACUAAGUAUGUUCCAAAGUUUAUGAAGCAAACUUUUCAUAUUGAUAAUGAAGAAUUCUUCAAACUGCAAAUGCCUGAGGUGAUCAGAGCAAGUAAAACAGCUUGGAUGACUGAUGAAGAAUUUGCUAGACAGAUGCUUGCUGGUGUGAAUCCUGUCAAAAUUUGCCGUCUCCAAGAGUUCCCACCAAAAAGCAAGUUAGACAAGACUUUAUAUGGGGACCAGACAAGUAAAAUGACUGAAAAACACAUUGAGAUUAACCUAGAAGGGCUCACUGUUAAAGAGGCAAUGAGGCGAAGGAAAUUAUUUCUGUUGGAUUACCAGGACGAUUUCAUGCCAUAUUUAAGUCGAAUAAAUGCAACUUCUUCCAAGGGAUAUGCGAGUAGGACAAUCCUGUUCUUGAAAAAUGAUGGGACUUUGAAGCCAUUGGCCAUUGAAUUAAGUUUGCCUCACCCAAAUGGAGAUCGAUUCGGAGCCAUCAGUGAAGUUUACUUGCCUUCUAGGUCAGGCGUGGAAAAGAACAUUUGGAACUUGGCCAAAACGUAUGUCACAGUCAACGACACAAACUAUCAUGAACUCAUUAGCCAUUGGUUACACACACACGCCGUGAUUGAACCUUUCAUAAUCGCAACAAACCGGCAACUAAGUGUACUGCACCCUAUUCACAAAUUACUGCGUCCUCACUUUCGUGAUACAAUGAGGAUAAAUGCGACGGCUCGAAGUGCCCUAAUUAAUGAAGGUGGCACUAUAGAAUCAACAUUUUUACCGGGCAAGUAUGCUAUGGAGAUUUCAUCUAUUAUUUACAAGAACUGGGUUUUCACUGAGCAAGCAUUGCCAAAUGAUCUAAUCAAGAGAGGAAUGGCAAUUAGGGACCCAACUUCAGCUGAGGGCCUUGACCUUGUAAUAAAAGAUUACCCUUAUGCUGUUGAUGGACUCGAGAUAUGGUUCGCCAUAAAAGCAUGGGUCCGAGAUUAUUGCUCAAUUUUCUACAAGACUGAUUAUAUGGUUCAACAAGACCCGGAGCUGCAAUCUUGGUGGAAAGAGCUCGUCAAGGUGGGUCAUGGCGACAAGAAAGACGAGCCUUGGUGGCCUGAGAUGCAAACUCGAGACGAGUUGAUAGAAUCUUGCACUAUCAUCAUAUGGAUUGCUUCAGCUCUUCAUGCACCUCUUAAUUUUGGACAAUACUCAUAUGGAGGUUAUAUUCUCAAUCGUCCAACUCUUAGUAGAAGAUACAUGCCUAAAAAAGGUACUCCAGAGUAUUAUGAGCUUGAAACAAACCUUGAGAAGGCUUUAUUGAAAACCAUUACACCAAGGAAGCAAGCCCUUGAUGUCCUUUCCGUUAUAGAAAUCUUAUCAAAACAUACAUAUGAUGAGAUCUACCUUGGGCAAAGAGACAUCACUAAUUGGACAUCUAAGAUAGAUGCCUUGAUAGCAUUUGAGAAUUUUGGAAGACAGAUAACAGAAAUUGGAGAAAGAAUUAGAAGGAGAAACUGUGAUGCGAGUCUAAAGAAUAGAUAUGGUGAAGUUCGCAUGCCAUACACUUUGCUUUCUCCUUCUAGUGAUGCUGGGUUGACCGGCAAGGGAAUUCCAAAUAGUGUCUCUAUUUAAAAGGCCAUCGAUGUGACCUAAUAAUUAAUAAUAGUUUGCAUUAAUGUUCUUCUAGGGUUCUCAAUUGUCAUUCUUUGUGGAAAAAUGAUUGAUGUAUUGGUGAUGUAAAUCAUAUUUAAUUUGAUUUAGGGUUUAUUUUAUAAGAUUUGAUUUAGUGUCUAGGGUUUAUUUUAUUUGAUUUAGCAAUUACAUUUUAUUUAUUUUGAAUAAAACAAGAUAUUUAGGUAAAUAUAGAUUAUCAUUAUUAUUUUUUAAGCAUUUUCAAAUAAAAUGUGAUAUCUAGACUAGCUAGAUAUCUUAUCAUAUUUUAUUGAUUUUAG